AUGGUACAAUCAAAGAAGUUCAGAGGUGUCAGGCAGCGCCAUUGGGGCUCUUGGGUCUCCGAGAUUCGCCAUCCUUUACUGAAAAGAAGGGUGUGGCUGGGAACAUUUAGGACGGCCGAAGAGGCAGCAAGAGCCUAUGAUGAAGCAGCCAUUCUGAUGAGUGGACGUAAUGCGAAAACAAAUUUUCCAGUCGUCACUGACCAAGCAAGCAAUGAGAAAUCGUCUUCUUCGUUGUUGUCAUCGUCAUCGUCCUCGUCAUUAUCGUUGUCAUCAUCUACGUCGCUUUCUUCUACACUCAGUGCAAAACUUCGCAAAAGUUGCAAAUCUCCAUAUCCUUCUGUCACUUGUCUGAGGCUUGACACGGAGAACUCUCACAUUGGAGUGUGGCAAAAGAAAGCCGGGGCUCGUUCGGACUCGAACUGGGUUAUGACAGUUGAACUGGGGAUAAAGAACAACAACAACAGUGGAGAAGAAAAUCAAUCUUCAUCGGAGCCGAAACAGGCUGAUGAUGAUCAGCCUAAUAUUGAUCAAAAUCAUCAUCAGGCACAAGAAAUAAAAGGAAAGGAAGUCGGUGGUGGACUAGAUGAAGAAGAGAGAAUCGCAUUGCAGAUGAUAGAGGAAUUCUUAAACAGAAAUUAA